CACAUAUCAAACAGUGUAAUAUGCUCAAAAAUCGAGUUUUGACGAGACCUUUGAUCAAAGGUUCUCAAUUGACAAACGUGCCGAAAUGUGCGUCCUUCAUACAGCCGAUGAUACCUAUUAGAGCGUAUGGACAUCUUCCAUUUAGGCCCAUAAGUAGGUCUGCUGUAUCAUUUUCGGAUUCCAGGCUGAAUCGUGCGUAUUUUGGUAUGAAGUAUGGGUUCCCAAUGAGAUAUUCAUCAAAUGCACCAAAAGAAAGCUCUGAAAAGGAUGUCGCAGACCCUAGCACGUUUGAACAACAGAAGCCCACAGCUCCAGUAAAGAAGGCUUCUAUGUGGCAGCGGCUGAAGGGGGGUGUUUUGCAUUUUUGGGAUGGAACUAAGCUUCUUGGAGUGGAAUUCAAAAUUUCCUCUAAACUUGUAUACAAAAUGGCAGUAGGUUAUGAGUUGACAAGACGGGAGAGUCGCCAAUUGACUAGAACACUUAAGGAUAUUGGUCGUCUUGUUCCCUUUUCAAUGUUUGUUCUCGUACCUUUUGCUGAAUUGCUUUUGCCUGUCGCUGUGAAGCUGUUCCCAAAUUUGCUUCCUAGCACUUUUGAGGAUCCCAAAGAUAAGCAAGCAAAGAAAGAGAAACUUCGUAAAGUACGCUCGGACGUUUCCGAAGUGCUUCGGGGUACUAUCAAAUCUGGAAAGUUUACCUUCUCUGAUGAAACACGCAAAUCAAAAGAAUUCCGUAAUUUCUUUUUAAAAGUUCGCACUAGUGGACAAUCUCCCUCCCGUGAGGAAUUAAUUAAUGUCUGUCAAUAUUUCAAGGAUGACAUUACCCUAGAUAACUUGUCUCGUGCCCAAUUAAUUGCCCUUUGCCGAUACAUGAAUUUGAAUGCUUUUGGUACCGACCCCUUGCUUCGCUAUAACAUCCGUUCAAGAAUGCGUCAAAUUCGCCGGGAUGAUAGAGCCAUCUAUAUAGAGGGCAUUAAUUCCUUAUCCGUUCCUGAAUUGUUCAAUGCUUGCAACUCUCGUGGUAUUCGUUCUCAAGGUCUUUCUCCCGCUAAGCUUAGGGAUGAAUUGAGCGUAUGGUUAGAUAUGCGUAUUAAGCAUGGAAUUCCGUCUGUUAUUUUGAUGCUUUCUAACGCUUUCUCUUAUGGUUACCAUGAGGGUACUUAUGAAUCUCGCUGGGAUGCUUUACAAGACACGCUUGCAUCAAUCCCUGACGAACUUUACCAUGAGACUGUGGUUGAUAUGCCUAGUGAAGAAGUCUCUAAUAAGCAACGUCUUGAAAUUUUGAGAGAGCAAGAAGAACUCAUUGAGGAAGAAGCUGAAAACCCUGAUAUCGCGAACAAGGAAAAAGAUAGUGCCAAAGCUGAACCCACUAAUUCUGCUCAACCCAAAGACAACAAGAAAGUAUAAUGUUUUUUGGUAACUUCAUAAGCAUAAACUUACAUUCAACCAAUUAGAAAAUAUCAGGGGCAUCAGUUGGAGAGCUCCUGGUCUCCCAUCUCUCCUUUUUCUUAUAUUAUUUAAAGUUAUGUCUUUCACUGUUCUUUUUGAUUACUUACUAGUUGUUAAUGCACUUUCAUGGUUACCUGCUUUAGCGAUUUUUGAUUUCUAUGUUUUUUAAAAAAAAAAGUUGGAUGAAUAGGAUUUUCGAAUGUUCAAAACGUAUUGAAUUUUGCUAUUAAUAGCAGAUAGGAAGUGUAGGAGUGAGAAAAAUGGCUAGAAAUUUGGACAUUGACGAACAUUUAGGGUAUAAAGUAUUUUUAUAUUCGUAAGUAAAAGGAAAUAUAUAAACUAAAACGAAAAGAGUAAUUUAAGGACUAGUGGUUUGGUGAAGAAGUUCGUUGGCUGCUACCAAAACUUCUUUCGGAAGACCUGUGUUUUGUUAGUUUCAUAACCUUCAGUGUCAAAACUUACCGGCUACUUCAGCUACCCUUAGUCCGUGGGAUCUCAUGUUAACACCCUCUCGAAUCUUAUAAUCGAAAGUGAAUGUAUCAGUAUUCUACCAAGUUAGCUUUCGGGUGAAUAAUUAAAAGAUACAGAUAACUUACCUCGUUAACAAUUAUAUCAGUGCAGUAGCACUUAAUGUUUUUAUAUGCUUUAAAUUUCUCUGCUAAUUCAUGAGCAUGAGUAGCGAAUAGUGUGCGAGCCCUAUUAACAUCAGACAAAUAUUUCAAGCACCCAUAAGCUAUCGCUAAACCAUCUCUAGCAGUAGUCCCGCGUCCAACUUCGUCCAUAAUGAUAAAAGAUCGGUUUGUUGCAUUUUUUAAAAUGAAAGCAGUUUCCAUCAUCUCCACCAUAAAGGUGGACUGUUGAUGAUAUAAAUUAUCGGCGGACCCAAUCCUGCUAAAUAUCUGAUCCACAAUACCUAUUUUUGCAUAACUCGCCGGUACGAAGCUACCCAUCUGCGCUAAAAUAGAUAUAACUGCAUUUUGUCUCAAGAAUGUGCUUUUACCGGCCAUGUUCGGACCAGUUAAAAGCCAGAUAUUAUCGCCGGAAUUUCCAACCAAACAGUCAUUCGGUGUAAACUGAAGUAAUUUAUUCUUAAGACCUUUUUCAACUAUAGGAUGGCGACCUUGAAUUAUUGUAUUUGAUAGAGAAUCAUCCAAUAUUGGUCGAGAAAACUCGCAUUCUGCAGCUAAAUCAGCCAACGACGUAGAUAUAUCAAGCUCAUCUAAUAUAUUAGCAGUUUCACGUAUUUUUUUAUGCUCUUCAAGCACCGUAUCAAUAAUUAUUUGAAGUACUCUAGCUUCUUCUUGAUGAAUAAAAGAUUUAAC